UAGCCAGCUUUGCUUGAUCAACCUUUGCCCGUUCACUUGACUUUCGCUCGCUCGCUCGCAGCGGAAACAACACUGCUGUACGUGUAGACACACGCGUGGAGCGAUCUAAUGUUGUGUAGAGCUGCAUCAGACGUGACAACAAAUGGGAAGGAUAUUACUUUUUGCUGGUCUGUGCACUGCGUUGGUCGUUAUGCCUGUUGGAAAAUGCGUAACAGAGAGGUCACAUUCAGAAGGACUUUCUCACGACCAGGCGAAACAGGAUACAGAAAAACAUGCGUCUGACUACCAGGUGAAACCGACAAAGGAAGAACAUGUGGAAGUGGUGCCCACAGCUGCUAUUGAUGACAAGAUUUUGAGGACAAUAGAGCCAGCCACGUACGGAUUCUGGGAAGACUUCUUCCAGCAAGCGAGGCAUGCUCUUCAGAAAUGGACUGUACUUAUAAUAAUAGCCGUGCUAACUGAGAUUGGCAGACGACUCGUCCGAGCAUUUUGGAAGAGGGACGCCCCUCAUCAACAUAGAGAGUAAUAAAGAGCUGCAUGGCAGAUGCGACUACGUAAAUAGGACAAGAGUACAGGACGAAGGUUGUGGUGAUGUAUUAGCUUGCCAACGUUGGCUUCACGUUGUGUUCGUACUUUGAUCAAGGGAUAAGCCGUUGUCGAGCGAAGGAGAAGUACAGCCCCCAACGACACCGAUUAUCCUCUGGAUGUACGCAUAAUGUCCUAACGGAUUUAUACGUCCGAUGGAAAUCUGAGGGAUAUCCGUAUCGGGCCAUAGUGCGCGAGUUCGCACGUUUACACGUGUUAGCGCCGCGAAGCAACCGUGGCUAUGAACGGUGUGCAGACGUGGACAGAUGGGGAGACGACAGCAGGAAGGAGUGGGGGACAGGGGGGCUACUAAGCGUCCUGGGUCGGUCGCAGGGGGAACAGUGGCGACGUUCGUCUGGAAAAUCUUCAAGAAAACCCAGGGGAAACCGUAGACAGCACAGCCGGUGAGGGGAUUCGAACACGCGUCACCUCCCAGUCGCGGCGUGCAAAGUAAUCAUCCUAACCACUAUGCCACGGGAGCUGGUACGUAAGGCAAAUCCACUCCCAAUUAUUCUUUUAUUCAGACAUAGACAGGACAUGCGGUUCGUGCAGGCUUUACUUCUCUGUCUCCUGCCCAGUGUCCCCUUCUAUAAAUCGUUCAAAAGCCAUAUAGCUCACAUCAUAGCCAACCUCCGAACUCAUACGCGGUGCCGAACUCAUUCGUGACCGCGGACCGCAUUGAGCCAUGGAGGAACUACGCAGCUUCGGGGUAGCCUGCUUCCGAUAUAGAUGACACAGCACAGGACUUAUAGCGGACUCACUUCUUAAUCAAUCAAUCAAUCAAUCAAUCAAUCAAUCAAUCAAUCAAUCAAGGAAGUGUAUGGGGAAUUUUUGUUGGCAGGGUUCGCAUAAACCUCGCUAAAUUCCGACAAGAAACCAGUACAGGCGUGUUCUCCUCCGGGUUUAUCUAGGGAAUGGCACAUUUUUGAAGGUCUGACGCGAUCCACUGAUUUAUGACGAAUUACAGUUUCUCAAAUUUUCAAUACAUGGGAGUCCAUGGGAGAUGCAACAAAAUCGCUUCUUUCAGCCCACCCGCCAAUGAUAUUUGGGCCAAAAUGAUGUCAUUCCCUGGAGUAGCAGCCUGGGAAUUGAUUGCAAUCAACAAAUUCGACAAGCUUAUUGCAGUUUUCCAAAUCGCUGCGAAUGAAAAUAAUGGCUUUGUCGUUUUGCUAGCAUGUUCCGCACGCUGGCAGAGCGCGCGAGAAAAGCAAAGCGAAGAAAAUAAUUUUGAGACGAUGCAGCCAACCCUCUCCUGAAGCGAACGUUAACUAGAUCGCAUGAGUCCGCCUUAAAACAACAUAACACGUAUAUAUAUAUAUAUAUAUAUAUAUAUAUAUAUCUGUCACUUUUCGGUAUGUAUCACAGAUGAUACUUUAUGCAGUUAUGGGAGUGAUUCUUUGAUGAAAUUCAUCGGUUUUUUUUUAGUUGGUUCUUUCACGUUUCGUGCAGUAUUUUUCAUGAGAAUUAGCAGUCAAUGUGAAGUGGUAUUUUCCCGGAUCAUCCGCAAGGGUUGCCCCUCUUCUUUACUUUUCUUAUUUUUUGCUUUUUUACUAUGUGCAUUACUGUUUUUGUGUUAUUUCUUCUACCAUAAGCAGUUUGCAGGCAGAUCUACAGAUGACAAUUGCAGAUUUUACAGUGUAUUUUGCUUCCAUACGUGUCUGGGCCAUCACCUUGCAGUUUUGCUUCACCAAAGAGAGAAACUACUGCAAUAUUUUUCACAUGGAAUGAUUUUCAUUGUAAACAGUACCUUUUCUGCAGGCUUACAUGUGUAAAAUAAGUACCGUUUUUGCGACUUCCCAUUUUGACCCUCCACUGCAUAAUCUAUUAUUCAUGAUGCGUACACAAAUUUGGUUGACGCUUGCCUGAAUAUAUCAGAUGUUGUUAACAUUCGAAUAUUCCUAUUUCAGUGUUCCUAUUUCAAUGGUACUAAUGCAUCGCCAAAUUUAUGCUUAACACCGGAGAUUGUACCAGUUACUGGAGGCACGCCAUACACUACUCCAGCCCCGCGAGCGUUGGCCUGAUUGACACUCAGUACGAAACUAUCAGUUAUUGUAGUAGUUAUUGUAUACGAACACGUGUAACGUUCUCCCCCCCCCCCCAAUAAAAAAGUGGCCAUCA